UAUAUAGUCCCAUGCACUCUUCAUGAGAAUGAAGUAGCUCAAACAUUUGUUAACAAACUUGUUUGUUAUACUGCAGCUAUCAUUUUAAACUAUUAGUUUAUAUGGCAACCACCAUAAGAUCUCCUCAAGGGAUCAAGAUUGGCCAUGUUGAUGAUGUCCAAGAGCUCAGGAGAACCAGACCGGCUGUUGUACCUGAGAGGUAUGUGCGUGAUCAUUGUGAGAGGCCUGAUAGGGUCCCGACUAAUCGUUCUACGACCCAAGUCCCGGUAAUUGACAUGUCGAGAUUACUAGGCCGAGAGUCACAAAAUGAGCUAGCAAAACUAGCAAGGGCAUGUGAAGAAUGGGGCUUCUUCCAGGUUGUGAAUCAUGGAGUCGAUAGAGCAUUGUUGGAGAAAAUGGAGGGAGUGGCAAAAGAGUUUUUUAUGCUGCCAUUGGAAGAGAAAGAAAAGUACCCAAUGGCUCCAGGGACAGUGCAAGGCUAUGGCCAUGCUUUCAUCUUCUCUGAAGACCAGAAACUUGACUGGUGCAACAUGUUGGCUCUUGGGAUCCACCCCCACCAUAUAAGAAAUCCUCUCCUAUGGCCUAAGAAACCACAACAACUUAGUGAGACCUUGGAGACCUACUCUAUGAACAUAAGGAGGCUUUGUCAAAGGUUACUAGGGGCCAUUGCAAGGAGCUUGGGUUUAAGAGAAGAGAUGUUUAAUGAAAUGUUUGGUGAGGCAGUGCAAGCAGUGAGGAUGAAUUACUAUCCACCAUGCCCUAGACCAGACCUGGUCUUGGGAUUGAGCCCCCACUCUGAUGGGAGUGCAAUCACAGUUUUGCAACAAGACUUAGGCUCAGCUGGCCUUCAGAUCCGUAAGGGAAACGAUUGGGUCCUAGUCGAGCCCCUCCAAGGUGCCCUCGUUAUAAAUAUCGGCGACACGAUCGAAGUUCUAACAAAUGGAAAGUACCAAAGCAUUGAGCACAGGGUGGUGACAAACAAGGAGAAGGAUAGGCUUUCGAUCGUUACGUUCUAUGCCCCAAGCUACAACAUCAACAUCGGUCCCCUCCCGAGAUUCAUUGAUGACAAGAACCUCGCCAAGUAUCGGACUUACAAUCAUGGAGAUUACAGCCGAUACUAUGUCACCAAUAAGCUUGAGGGCAAGAAGUCACUUGACUUUGCCAAAAUACGCAAGUAAUCAUAGAAUUGGUCACUUGGUGUACUGUAAAUUCCCAUGAAAUUAUAGAUUGGCUAGUUGGUGUAUUGAAAAGUCACUUGUAAUGAUAAGUUGGCUGCUUGGUGUAGUGAAAAUUCACAUGUGUUCAUAAAAUGAACAAUUGGUGUACUGAAAAUUCACUUGUAAUAAUAAAUUGGCUUCUUGGUGUUAUAAAGAGGUAAAUUUCAUGUUCA